AUGUCUUCGCUGGACGUUGACCGUUCAACUCUACGUUCACCACGGUGGACAAAAAGAGGCUCAUAUAUUCCAACGCCUCUCACAAGAGCUCAUGUUCAGGAGGCCCUUUCACGUUCGGAGGACCAUGGGAUUACGCUUGUGUUCUUGAAAAAGAAUUUGACGGACAUUGGGAUAUCGGUCGUGGAGGAGCUAGCAACCGUUGGGAGGAACAGUCCUGAUGAUGGGUACCCCGUGGAGAGGUUGGCGCUAGGUAACAAUUGUCUGACUGCUCUACCCACGGAAUUCACGCAUCUGUCGCAUUUGCGCUAUGUAAAUUUGAGAAGCAAUGCUUUUACAAAUUUCCCCGACGUGCUGACUCUUAUGCCCUCCUUGGAUACGUUGGACAUUAGCCACAACAAGAUCAAGCAAUUUCCUUUACGCCCCGGAGAGCUGGUCAAGUUGAGGGCAUUUUGUGUUUCCCGCAACAAGAUCACAAGAAUCCCAGAGUACCUGACCAAGUUUACUAAUCUUGCAGUGCUGGAGAUUGAGCGAAACCCUAUUGAAUGGCCACCAAUCAAUGUCAUGAGCCGUCCCGCUAAGUUUCCAAACGCGGAGGCAAUGAAAGACUGGAUUCGUAACAUUCGAACCUGGAUUGAAAGCGAGACGAGUGACAGCAAAGGUCAGGAUUACUCCGGUUUUGCUGAAUCAGAACGCUGGUCCCGCUUUCCAGUUACUGAAAGCGAAUUCGACGCCGGUGUCACCCCUCACGCUCGGUCUUUCUCUCUCGACUCUAACCUUUCGGUUUCCUCCUUGGCAGAGUCGGAUAUCGAGACCCCUUCAUCGUCUUAUGACAAGCCCCCGCCGCUACACCUUGGCAUACUAUCCACUGACAGUGCAGAGACAUCUCCGACACGAUCUUUUGACAGUUAUCUUCCCAGCCCCGCCGAUUCAGACUCUUUCGCCAUGAAUGAUCCGACGGUAUAUCCUAGCCGCACUGAACAAAGGUCGGCUUAUGACCACUCCAGGAACGCUUCUUUUGCCGGUGGGAUGCGCAAUUCAAGAAGGAGCGGUUUACCAGGAAAGAAAAGUAUGCCUGAUCUGCGUACUGCUAAAUUCCCUUUCGCUUUGAAGGCUCAUGAUGCUCCGGAACGCGUACCUACCAAUGGUACAAGCAAGAGCAAGAUUCCGGACGAAUUUUCCAUUCCCUCACCGCUUUCCCAGCGACAAGAUUCUAAUUCAUCAGCGAGUUCCGGAACGCGUCAGAACAAAUCUUCCGGCAACGGAAAAGAACCUAUCCGUGACUCUCCCCCUCCGAGGGCUUCCACCUCCUCCAUAGCCUAUUUCCGACGUCUAUCCACUCUUCCCUUGUCUACAAUUUCUGAUACACUUCCUAAACCUCUUAUCUCUCUGAUUGAAUGUGCUCGCAGCAUCCUUUUCGCGGUGUGCCAAAUCUAUCAGUCACUCGAACAUUAUACCGUCCACGCCAUAGAUGACCGCUUGUCCUCCGUGUUACGGAAGGUUCUGGAUCCCGCCAGCGUUGACAUGAUGCAGCUCAUCAACUACCUUGAACACUUUGACGCCAUAAGUCGAAAGAUCUUACCACCCCCACCUGUGUGUCGAGGUGUUGUGGAGAGUUGCAAAGAUACUGUUGCAGUCUUUGGAAAAGCUGUUGGCGUCCUGACUUUACAACUGAAGGUGAUAGCAGCCGGUGAUGAUGUCCGAUAUCUUAGGUCAAUGUUAUUGGUGCUAUAUGGCGCUGCUGCAGAAAUAUCAUGGGCCUGGCAAGCAAUGGUACCCCAUAUCGAAGCCAUUAAACCAUUAUUGCGUGGCAAGCCACAUCCCACGCCAUCGCCCAACAACAUAUCUGUGGACCCUUAUCCAUCCUCUAUCCCGCCAACCUCGCAAUCGCAGUUGGAGCAAACCUCCUCUCUUUUAUCUCUACGGACUAGUUCUGCAGGGGUUGAAAGAACGCGCGUAGCGCGGCGACAUGCUGGCUCCUUUAGUUCGAAAGAUGUCGAGAUUGGUAAGAAGUUGCCCUCUUAUGACGAUGCCCCGACGUUAUCCCGAGGUGUCGCUGUUUAUACAUCUACGUUGCGCGCUCCGAAACGACAGGCGACGCUUGCUCCCAUGACUGUCAUGAUUUCUUCGCCUUCACCGAGCCCAUUGCCGAGCUCCAUGUCAGCUUCAUGGGCUGGCGACAGUUCUCGAACAAUCCAUUCACGUACGGGUUCGCAGAGCUCUCUACCAGGAUCUUCGACCUCUUCGUCCCCAUCCCUCCCUCCGAAGAUGACGUUUUUGGAUCUCCCCCCGAGUUCUAAGACACAGGUCGACAAGGAAGCAAUUCAAGCCGUACAGAAUGCUGUCAAAGUUGCUCCUGUGGUGUGGAAUUUGAUGGAAGAGAUUUUAGUUGAUGUAUUGGAAGCACAGGUGGAUGUGCGCGAGAGUCUGGAUCGAGCAAGGUCGGUCACAAAGCGUUUGAGCGACCUAAUACGUGCUUUGAAGGAGGGAGACUCAACGCGGGAUAAAGGCAGCCUUCGGGAAGAUGCCCACAUAUUCUUGAAGACUGUUGUUCAAUUGUCCAACAUCGUCAAGACAUACAAUGGUGUCCGAUCAAGUGCUCUUCGGAAUAACAUGUACAAGCUCACAAACUCUACCGAGGAAUUCGCGAUUCUUCUGCAUGUGUCAUCUUUCUCCCCGGCUUCCACGCCGCGACCAUACUCGCCAAUGCUGUCCAUGUCCACCUCUCAGAGCAGCGUUCUCAAUCCCAUUGAGGAUGCUCGUUUACAAUCUAGUUUCUCUAGAAGUGCCCGUGCUCCCGGGCGCUUCAAAGUUCCAUCUCCAACGGCGCCACACGACGGGUCACGCAGUGCUCCGCCUAAUCAGACAUUCAAAAUGCCUGUUUUACGCCGCCUUCGUGGUAAGGAGGCUCGAAUCGAUGCUAGUGAUCCUCCAGGGUAA